UUAAAAAGCAGGCGGGAAUCGCGCGCUUUAUUUGGUCGGCUCAGCUGCUGUGAACGAGCGCGAUGGUGCGGACUAAAGCGGAUAGUGUUCCCGGGACAUACAGGAAAGCUGUUGCAGCUUCCGCGCCCCGGAAGUCCCUCGGCGCGUCCGGAUCUAUGAACGCGCAGAGCGGCGGCGCGCAGUCGGGCACGCCUGCCAAAGGCAAGUACGCGGGAGGGAACCCUGUGUGCCCCAGGCCCACCCCCACAUGGCAGAAGGGCAUUGGAGACUUCUUCGGCGGUCCCGGCCGGAAGCCCGAGAAGGAGAACCUUCAUCCUAAUGAGGAAGAUGAAGAUGAUGAAGAGGCGGGCGGCAGCAGCAGCAGCGCCACUAAAGCUCCUAGGAAAUCAAGACCCAUCAUUGAGGAAGAUGAUGAAGAGGCGGGCGGCAGUGGCGUCACUAAAGCUCCCAGGAAGUCCAGGCCCAUCAUUGAUGAUGAAGAGGAGGAGGAGGAGUGAUCCCACAAUUCUCAUGAGUUUUUAGUGUACAUCUGUAAAUAUUUUUAUUGGAAUGUUGGUUCAUGUUGUACAGAAGUUUAAUAAAGUGAGUUUUUCAGAGA